UGGCAGGCAUAAAUAACUAGUAACUACAAUUUAUGACCAUUAGUUUAUUUUUUAUACUCCAAUUGAAGAAGUAGCUGAUUAUAUCAUCAUAAGAAGCUCAAAUCAUUUGUAAAUAAUUUAUAAUAAUACUGGAAUAGGAUUCUUUGAAUUAUGCAACUUGUCAAAAUAUCUCUAUCAUUAUUCUAUAGUUCGUUAAUUUGUAUUGCUGGCAUGACAUUUAAUAAUAUUUUUGAAUUUAUCUAAUAUUAAUUUUGUUCAUUUGAAUGUACCGAUUGCUUUUAAACUGGGAAUUUUGUCAUCAAAAGUCCAAAUGAUAAAAUUAUUUUUACUUAUCCUUUCUUUCAAUGCAUUCGUGAUAUUUAGUUCAGCUUCAGAGUCAGAAGCUAACUCAAUACCACAAGAAGACAAAGUUAAUGCUUUAAAUAACUUGAAUAAAACCGUAAAAACCGCCUCCGUUAAAGGAAAUAAUGAAAGCAAGCAUGAUAAAGAAGAAAUAAAAACGAAAACUGAAAUACCUCACUCACCAACACUAGUAGAACAAAAAAAUAUAUCCACAGUACAGAACAAAACUACCAAUGAUGUUGAAAAAAUAGCACCUUCUUAUAAUGGCCCGAAUAUGAUGGAACAAGAAUCAAAAUAUGUUACCACUGGAUCGAUGAUACUGAUUUCAAUUUCCCUUUUGUUUAUGGUGUUUGUUGCAUUUAAAACAUAUAGGAGGAGAAGUAGAGAUGCUAGAAUAAAAAAAUAUGGAAUAAGAUUAACAAGGGGAAAUAUUGAAAUGACACCUCUACCAUUAGAUAAUGAUGAUGAGGAUGAAACAAUUUUCGAUUUGAAAAAUGUACCUACCUGAUAAUUUAUCAACAUGAUCACGUUGAAGAGGAGGCCUAAAUUACUUAUUAACAUUUUGUAUAUGGUGUCCUUAAAUUGUAUAUUGUAAAUCUCAUUUCAAAAAAAGUUUGCUUAGUUUUCAAAUAUUAUUUAAUAAGCUUUUGCUGUUUUAAUUAUUGAUUGCAUAUUUUGCGGUAUAUAAAUAUGUAUAUGAAAAACAUUUUCAGUCAUUAUAGAUAUAUCAUUUUACCAAUUUGUUAGGAGCUCUCUUUAAUUAUUUCCAGUUGUUAAUGUUAACUGUUUAGUGCUCUUGUUAAUGGGAAAGUUAAGAAAACAAGCAUUUGUGAAAAUUCAUCUAGUCUGAAAAUACCCAAUGAAUAAAAUCCAUCAUUUUUCCAUGAGGAAAUAGUAUAUUGAGGUUAAUAUCGUACGACAUUUUAAUUAACAUUUUCUAAUACUAUAAAGAAAUGUUUGUCAAAUAUUUUUAUAAAUGAGUGAGACUUUGUAUAUUUGAGAUAUUUUUAUAAAAAUAAAAUAAUUGUUACUAUAAGUGUUAA